AUGCCGGCAAAGAUACAUGUUGGAGUUCGUAAGCAAAGGCGAGCACUACGCUCUGCCCUGGCUAGCAACUUGACUCCUGUGGCCCCAGACCAGACAUUGUUAACUCCAGCACAGACACAACCUCCAGCUCAGAUACAGACUCCAGCUCAGAUACAGACUCCAACUCAGACGCAGGAACAGACUCCAGCGCAGAUCCGACUAUUUGAUUCUACGCUCUCAUCCUCUUACAGUGCCCUGGAACAACGCACAGUUCAUUGCGCAGAUCUAGGAAAUGCCAAUUCCAAAGAGCCCAACUUCAUCGACGGGAGCGAGCUUAUUGUCGACAUAAGUCAGGCCCGUCGCCUCCCACCCCCCGUCAUCGCUCAAGCAUUGGCAGAUUUUUAUUUCCGUGAACUAUUUCCAUUUGUGCCAGUGAUGGAUGGGGACAAAGUUGGAGCCUCUUCGUCGGUACUGAUCCAGCAAUGUCUGUCUUUUGCUGGUAGUACCAUGCGUCAACCAAGAGGGUCAAGCGAUUGGUCUUCUUUUGCCAUCUACGGACGAAUUAAGACGCUUCUUUUUGUGCGUCAGGACCCAUGUCCAUUCAACACUCUCAGUGCUCUGUCUAUCUUGAGUACCUGGCUCCCAUAUUCGCCCGUGGCAAUUGUGCUGGACAGCCCAUGGCAAUGGACUGGUAUGGCAAUCCGAAUGGGAAUCCAACUUCAUCUCCACAAAGCUGAAUCCUACAAUCAACUUCAAAAUUCUGGCUUGAUCCGACGAACGUGGUGGUACCUCUUCGUCGCAGACACUUUACAAAUGGCUUGCUGUGGGCGCCCAGGGAUGUUCCCUUUGAAAGACACUUCCGUGCCAUUGCCAACCAUUAGUGACUUUGAAACCCCCGACAUGGCAGCACAGGUUUUCUGUCAGCUAACACGUCUCUGUCUUGCUCUGAAGGAGAUCUUGGACCUGGGGAGGGAUAAUGAAGGUACUCGGGAGCAGGCAUGUCAGGCCAUGGACAAACUCAGUCAGUGGCGAAACGGCCUGCCUAUCGAAGUGCAACUAUUUGAUUCCAGUCAAAAGAGACAGGCUUACUACCGCCCCGUGGUUGAACUUCACAUCUUCUAUCUGGUGGCAAUUGUUCUUACUUGUUUCAUCGGCCGUCGUGACAACACCCCGCUGCUCAAAUACCUGUCAAUCGCCGCAUCAUCAUGCAUCUCCCGGCUGUACGAGGAAAUCCUUUGCCGGGAGGAGAUUCAAUAUCUACUGCCGAUUCAUUCAUGGAAUCAUCUUGUUGCCGCAAUUCCCCGGGUAUUCUGCGACAUGGACAUUUUCGAACCAUACCGAGUAGAUGAUGUCAGAAUCAGCCAGCAGGUACUGGAGAAGAUGAGCGACAAGCAUCCAUCCGCUGGUAUGGUUCUAGGCAAGAUUCAGAGCCUUGGUAACCUGGGUAUCAAUAUGUUUCCUCCACAACUCGACCCUAUGUGGAGUGACCUUCCAGCACCAUCAAUAGAUGAGAAGACAUACAUCAUUACAAUGUUACCUUUUCCUGGGACCUUUUGUCCAAUGCUUGACUCCAUCAUGUCAAUGGAGAGAAGCGAGAAUGAUCCUCUGAGUUCGUUUUCCCCGGUACCCGCAAACAAUGAUGCCCAGGAUUGGCCAGCAGUGGAUUGGUCUUUCUUUUUGUAUGAUGGUCUUAUGAGCUUUUAG